AUGUUUCUCUACGUCGGGAAGCUAAACUGGAAUCAAGAUACGCAUCAAAAGGCCGAAGAUGAGUGUAUCACACUUGUCUUUCCUGUCGGCUUCGCUCUCAAUGACCCCGUGUCAGCAUACUGGCAAUGGACGGUUGACGCGUUUGGUGUUGAGAAAAGGAACACUUUCCAACUAGGAAAGAUCACCAGUGGGACCAAGACUAUAAACCAAUACGUUCACGUUCCGUUUGAGUACUUUUCCUUUGAUGCCAUCGUCUCGGCCGAUAUGAAAAAUUUGUCUCUCACCAUGUCGAACCCGGCAGGCGCACAGCAAAUGGUCUCGCUGUCUCUCCAAUACCGUGAUGCUGUACCGAGCCCUGAAACUUUGAUUUUCAUCGGAAAGCUCAACUGGUAUCAUUACAGCGUCAACGAGAUGGUGACUCUGGUUAUCCCCGGAAAUGUGGCGAACGGAGAAUCUGUGGUUCUCUGCCGUCAGUGGACUGUGGACGCCAAGGGAAAAGUUAAGCCCAAUACAAUCACGAUCAGCCAAAUGUCAAACGUUCGACCGGGUUCGACGGAUGGUUCCAUUAGCGCCACAGUCAGCAGCGGAUACUACACGUAUGACUUUACGCUAGUCGAUGGUCGCACCAAGCUUCGGCUUGCGAUGGCCAACCCGUCUGGUGACCGGAGAGGACCAUUCGAACUAGAGAAGGGGAGACAUGUGCGCAAGGACGUCGAGAGACUUACUGACGCUGAACGCGACCAGCUCAUCACCGCUUUUCGGGGCAUCCAAGCGAAAGAUCCCGACGACCCUCUUUCCUUCUUUCACAUUGCUAGUUUGCAUGGCCAGCCCUUUCGAGGUGCUGGAUACUCCAACUCGGCAUAUUGGGGAGGCUACUGCCACCAUGGAAACGUUCUCUUCCCUACAUGGCACCGAGCCUAUCUCCACUACUUUGAAAAGGCGCUCCGCAGCAUUGAGGGCUGUGAAACAGUGGCCAUGCCGUACUGGAACGAGCUAGGAAAGCCAUGCCUCCCGGACAUUAUCAAGCAAAUCACGUAUACCUACAAAAGCGGCAAAAACAGGGGAAAAACAAUCGACAACCCUCUGUACUCAUACAAAUUCCAACAAGGAUUCUUGGACAGACUGGCAAGACUCGCCGGGACCAAAGUUAUCGACUACCGCAAAUAUAAGGGUUAUGAGACCGUACGGUAUCCAUACUCCGGCCUGAUUGGUCCACAUGACAAGGAGGCAACGGACAAGCACAAUGCCGUUAUCAGCGCUAUGGGCCAAGAUGAAGUGAACAAAGAGCUGGAUGAUCAGGUCAAGAACUUCCUCGAUCACUUUGUAGAUAAGAAUAAUAAUGCGCACCCAGGAGCAGCGGAGGCGUACAACCUAUGCCUGUUUGCUCCCAACUACACCGUCUUCUCCAACACAACCUCAGCGUCCAAGUACAAUGACGAUCACACGGCCAACCUCGGGAUGCCGGUUACCGACGAGCAGAGCCCAACCAAAAACUUGGCCGUGUCCCUUGAACUGCCUCAUAAUUACAUGCACCUCGCCAUUGGCGGUUACGACUUGCCCGACAAUCCGGACCCGGCACAGAAAGGCGCCAAUGGCGAUAUGGGCGAGAAUGACACAGCGGCCUUUGAUCCCGUUUUCUACUUCCACCACUGCUUCAUCGACCGGGUCUUUUGGAGCUGGCAAACGCACCAUGACCAGACGUCUGCGCUUGCUGUUAAGCCCCUCUAUCCUGGCACGAGCCCUAUCGACAACCAGGGACCGACACCGGGCACGUCGGAUGGAACAUGGCUGGACAUGAACACGCCGCUAACGCCUUUCAAGGCGGACAAUGACACUGACCUACUAACUUCCAAUGAUUUGGCGGACAUUACAAAGGUCGGAUACGACUACGACAGCGUCAUCGACCUGCCAAAACGCGAUCCUCGACCAGCACGCGUGGUGCGUGUGUCCGGCAUCAAUCGCGGUCUCAUCGGCGGUUCCUUUGUUGUAUCCAUCAUGGGCAAGUCCAAUGUAGGGGCCGGGGAGCCCCAGCUAAUGGGCUACGAGCCCGUCUUUAGCAGGUGGCACGUGGCCGGGUGUGCCAACUGCCGCAACUCGCUGUCAGUGCCGAUGCACAUUCCCUGGGUGCAGUAUGCGCCCAGCCUUUCUGAGCCUCGCAAUGCACUGCCUGGUGGCAGUCAGCCUCUCAUUAUGAAGCCAAUCAACUUUCCUGACGCAAAAAGGUUCCAGUAUACAGUCUCUGUUGUUAGCAGUUCGGCAUCCGAAGAGGAGAGGGAGCACGUCGUAAGCGACGCUAUUUGUGAAGUCGGUUCGAUAAAUGUCUUGACUGCGUUUGCGUAG